AUUGUGUUUUUUUUUUUAUUAUUACUAAGAGACAACUGUGGCCUUGCUGGGGUAACGGAGCGGGUGACCAGCUGAAUAAUAACUAAGGGGCAUUAAAAACCAUGGCGGACGAACAAGAAAUAAUGUGCAAGCUGGAGAAUAUCUUGGAAAUACGAAACAAGACGAUCCAGAUGCAGAAGAUUAAAUCUCGUCUAAAGAUUGAGUUUGAGGCUCUGGAGUCGGAGGAGAAGCAUUUAAAAGAAUACAAGCAAGAAAUGGAUCUCCUUCUCCAAGAGAAAAUGGCCCAUGUUGAAGAGCUGCGCCUCAUCCAUGCAGAUAUUAAUGUGAUGGAGAGCACCAUAAAGCAGUCAGAGAACGACCUGAAUAAAUUGCUGGAGACAACUCGCCGCCUCCAUGACGAGUACAAGCCUCUGAAGGAGCACGUUGAUGCACUCAGGAUGACUUUAGGUCUGCACAGACUGCCCAACUUGAACGAAGAGGAGGAAAAGCUCUCUCUGGAGUAAGUAUAUGCACACACUGACAUGUAAAUAC